AAGGAGGGGGGGUGAAAAAAGACGUGGUCACAUUUCUCAGGCACCUGAAAACGUGCUGCUUUCAGGACGCGUGUCGCUUAUUGACGAGUGGGAAGCGUUUAAGCCACUUCCACUCGGGUGAUGCUUUAAUGGUGACUCUGCGUUGCAAGCAGCUGGAUGUGUCGGGAGCUCUGUGAUUUAGACAUUAGGUAUAAGAUAUAUCUGCAGUCGAGGAACGGACUUCCCUGAGCAUCUCUGGAAAUUACAUAGAUCAUAAUAUAGGCUAUUUGAUCUGAUUUCCCUUGUUAUUAUUAUCACCAUUAUUACUAUUAUUAGUAUUUGAUUCCUCUUACACUCCUCUUGGUUGGAGCUUUGGGAUCCACUCUUGACGUCUUUCCAGUUCAUGACUCUUUCACCUGUGUCCACUAAACUCACGAGUGUGCAGCAGCAGCAGGAGCGCUCAGUCCAGCGCUGAUCCUCUACAACCACACAGCUCCGAACUGCGCGGAUCUGCUAAGAAAACAUGGAGAACAGUCCUGGUGGUGGUGUUAUCUUGUACGCCGGCUCAUCUGGUAGUGCCAGUCCCAGUCCUGGCAGCCCUUCAAGUGGAUACCAGACCCAGUCGCCAUUCUCCCACUCUCAGCCCUCCUCCCCAGAGGGUGUCUUCUUUCAGGAGAUCGGACCCCUGAAACAGAGAAGGGAGCAAGAAAAUGCUUCCCCAAAAAUGGUCUUCCAGUUUCCUGAAGUCAACAAUGCUCCAGUGGCUCAAAUUACAACCGUAUCAUCAUCGUCUUCCACCUAUAACCAUCCAACGGCGGCCAAAAGACAUUGUGGUUUCACUGGCACAUUCACUAAGACCGGAGGUAUGGUGCUUUUGUGUAAGGUGUGCGGAGACAUCGCAUCAGGGUUCCACUAUGGCGUGCAUGCGUGUGAGGGCUGCAAGGGUUUCUUCAGACGCAGCAUUCAGCAGAACAUCCACUAUAAAAUGUGCGUGAAGAACGAAAACUGUCUCAUUAUGCGCAUGAACCGGAACCGGUGCCAACACUGCCGCUUCAAGAAAUGUCUCGCCGUGGGCAUGUCCAGAGAUGCUGUGCGUUUUGGCCGUAUUCCCAAGCGGGAGAAGCAAAGACUACUGGAUGAGAUGCAGAGUUAUAUGAACAGUCUCAAUGAAUCAGCAUCCAUGGAGAUGGGGGUGUCGCCGCCCCUUGAUGCCCCCUGCAGUCCACAGAGCCAGACCAACGAUGCGACAGGGCCCACGUUACAGUCUUACUGCAGCGACGAGAAGCCGCUCAAGAUGGCUGCUGGCAGCAGCAACCUCAACCUCAGCACUCCCUCGUUCCAGAGCGCCGCAGUGCAGGAAGGCCUGUCGCACGUGUCGGCCCAGAUGCGGCACACGGUCCAGGGGAAGCAGGGGAGCCUGAAAAGGAGCUAUAACGCUCCCUCAAACGUACCGGUCGCACCCAGCAGCAAUGAGAGCUGCACCAACGUGAACAUUGACAACUCCAAGUAUACUUUCUCCUCCAAUCGGAAUCAGUGCCCCGUCACUGGCAACCUGUCAUCUCACAGCUACACGGCCAGUCAGAACAGUUUCCAAGCCAAUGAUUUCCAGAAACAAACUUCCUGCCCCUGGAAGCUGCACGGAGGCGCCAAAGUACUGGCGUGUCCUCUCAACUCAUGUCCCGUGGCUCCAUCCAGUCGGUCCAGCCAGGAGGUGUGGGAAUCUUUCUCCCAGUGCUUCACCCCUGCUGUUAAAGAAGUGGUGGAGUUUGCAAAGAGCAUCCCAGGUUUCCAGAGCCUCAGCCAGCACGAUCAAGUCAUGCUCCUCAAGUCUGGCACCUUCCAGGUUCUUAUGGUGAGAUUCUGCUCGCUGUUUGACCCCAAGGAGAGGACGGUGACCUUCCUCAACGGACAGACGUACUCACUGGCAUCACUGAGGGCUCUUGGCAUGGGCAUCUUACUGGACGCUAUGUUUGACUUCAGUGAGAAGCUGGGAUCUUUGGGUCUGGAGCCCGACGAGAUGGCGCUUUUUAUGGCCGUUGUGUUGGUGUCUGCAGACCGGUCUGGUAUUGCAGAAGUGGGAGCAGUGGAGCAGCUGCAGGAGAAUCUGAUAAAAGCGCUGCGUUCUCUGAUCGGCAGUCGCCGGCCGGAUGAUAGCACCCUCUUCCCAAAGCUGCUGCUACGUUUGCCGGACCUGCGCACCCUGAACAACCAGCACUCGGACAAGCUAUUAGCUUUCCGCAUAGAUCCUUGAGUGGGGAACGCUCACAGUCUCACCCGGGAUCCGCCUUUGCACCCAGUGCAAGCCCGGCCGGCUACAUUCAGCGCACUUGGCCUCCGUGGGACGGGAGCUGUGCCGAGUCUGAUGCCGGACUGGGAAACAUAUCAGUGAAGAACACAGGCACCGCAGGAGGUGGAGGCUCCUAACCUUCAGAGCUCUCUAAUGGUUACUUCCAGUCGGACUGCUAAGACAAGAAAAAAAAAGAAAAAAAAGACCAUGUUCUGAGUUUUUUGAGUCAGUGUCCCACCACCUCUCCCUCCUGGAGUUUGUCAGAGACCAAAAAGAGAAGAAGCUCUGUCGUUCCUCACCACACUUUGAUAAACUAUUCCAGCUUUCAAAGCUAACAAGAAGGAAGCACAUGCUCUUGCUCGGAUAUUAACGAGCUCUUACUGUACAUUUGUGCUAUAAGUGUAAAGGUACCUUUGAAAGACCUCAUAAAUCUAUUUAAAAGCAUAUAUAGCAAUAGUAAUUUCUAACACAGGAGAGCAGCUUGUACUUGCCCUGCUGAAAUGACAUAAGCUGUUUUAACAUGUUGCCAUGUGGGAAAUCUUUAUUAAAAUGACCCAUUUGUGAUUGAUGUUUAUAAGAAAUGAAAUUAAGCUGAAUCAUAUUUGUACAUGGAAAUACUAUUGGUCAUUUUAGACCACGUUUGAAUGAUUAUAUGUUAGUGUUCUGUUGUAUAUUUUGUACAUAACUGAUAUUCUUAGUUUGUACUCUUGCUAGUUUGCAAAUUGUUGAAUUAUUGUAUGAUAUGACACAUAAAACACUGCUCUGUAGACUGCAAAGAGAAAAGGCGUUUGAACCAUUCGCUCUGAGUAUAAUAUUUUUUUGAAGAUAUGGAAUUGAAAUAUAUGUAUUGUCAACUGAAAGCAUCAGUUUGUGUAUAUUUUGUAAAUGUUUAUGGUAACAACAUAGAUUGCCCCUAUUAAAUGAUGUUAUA